AGUUGAUUGAAUAAUCAUGUUACCUCAAAUCAGUCAUAACCAGAGCCGUAGAUAAGACAGAGCACAAUAGCAUUAGUUUGAAAGGAUCCCAGUAUUAUUCUCCAUUCAUUUCGAAGAUGAUUCAUAGAAGGUUCCCAUUUAAAACUUUGUUGGUUAGGUUCAAAUUGAGCGCUUACCAGAAAAGGGUUAAGAGCCAUAUUUCGAAAAGUUACAUAGUUAAUUCCGGUUUUAGUGAUGUUGCAAUACCCAAUGUUUCUUUGCCGGAGUUUUUUGAGGAGUAUCAUGAGAAGUUUCAUAACUUCACUGCCAUUGAAUGCGCAGUCACCAGAAGGAAAUACAAUUAUGGCGAACUAAGAAGAAAAAGUACGAAUCUCGCUAAAGGUCUGAGGAAAUAUUUGAGACUGACAGAUGGAGAUGUGGUUGCCAUUGUUCUCACGAAUAAUCCCGAGUUCCCCAUAGCAAAUCUUGGAAUUUUGAAGGCUAAUCUCACAGUGACUUCAGUGAGUCCAGUUUUCACUCCAGAGGAAAUACACAGACAACUUGUUGAUGCCAACGCUAAAGCGAUCAUCACAGAGGUCGAUCUUGCACCGACAGUGAAAAAAGCUCUUCAGAAAUCUCUGAAGGACUUACCCCUCAUUGUAGUUAAAACGAGAACUGACCAAGAACUGAUGAACGGCUGCAUAGAUUUUCACGAAUUUGUAAACAAGGAAAUAGACGAUUUAGUGCUAUCGUCUGUGAGACCUGAAAGUGUGGCUUUCCUUCCAUAUUCUAGUGGCACCACUGGAUUACCGAAAGGAGUUCAACUCACUCAUUCGAACUUAGUAGCCAACAUAAUCCAGCACAACAAUCCAGAAUUACGAUUCAAAGAAUACGCUACAGAUAACUACCAAGAAGUAUUACCAACAAUCCUACCUCUCUAUCACAUCUUUGGAUACAAUGUUGUGAUGAAUGGAAUUCAAUUGUAUGGAGGGAAAUUAGUUACCAUUGGAAAAUUCAAUAAAGGAGAAUUCAUAUCCAUGCUAGAGAAUUACCAGAAUAGUUCGAUUUUCUAUUUGGUUCCACCCAUAGUUUUAUUGAUGAUCGGGAAUGAUCGCAUAAAAAGGGAAUAUCUCAGAAAUAUCAAGGCUAUAUUGAGUGGCGCAGCUUCUCUGGCAGCGUCAGAUGAAGAACGCUUCAACGAAAAGUUUGGAAAUCACAUCAAAACGCUUCAAGUGUAUGGAUUAACUGAAAUUUCACCACUGGCUACAUCACUCUACCCUAAUGAAGUAGAAGGAAGUACAUCCUACAAAGGUACGAUAGGAAGACCUAUACUAAAUACCCAAAUCAAAAUUGUGGACCCCCAAGAUCCUAAUGACACUCCCUUGAAACCCAACGCAAGAGGUGAACUACUAGUCAAAGGACCACAAGUUAUGAAGGGUUAUCUCAACAGACCUGAAGAAACCAAGAAAUCCAUAACACAUGAUGGAUGGCUCAGGACAGGAGAUGUGGGCUACUACAACGAAGAAGGUUUCUUCUUCAUAACGGACCGUUUUAAGGAACUGAUCAAAGUCAAGGGUAAUCAAGUGCCGCCUGCGGAACUUGAGGCGAUCAUCCGUUCUUUUCCUGGUGUUUUAGAGGCUGCCGUGAUAGGAAUUCCCCAUGAAACCAGUGGUGAAGUGCCGAGAGCUUAUGUGGUGCCCAAGAGCGGCGAAGUGAUAAACGUUAAGGACCUAACUGAAUUCGUUGAUGAUAAAGUGGCUAAAUACAAAAAACUAGCAGGUGGAAUAGCUUUAGUUAGCGAGAUUCCCAAAAACGCCUCUGGUAAAAUACUGAGAAGGGUUCUUAAGGAGGACUAUCUGAAAAAAAGAUCAUAAUCUGUAUUAAUUGCUGUUGUUUUAUUCUGAUUUGAAAAAAAAUCCCAACAUCCAGUAACUUGAUCAACUCAAAUAAACUACCUACAAAAUAUGUUUGAUGAAAUUAUACGAAUUGGUACAUUUUCAUGGAUAUCUAGUUUAAUGUGGAAACAUAAAAAUUCUCAAAUGAAACUGAAGAAACUGUAUGAUUUUCUGUAGGUUGAGUUUCUACCACCAACACCCAAAGGAGCUAUCGUUAACUCUUCACAAAUAUUUGCUUAUUGAUAAUUAACUUAAAUUAUGACACUGA